UCUCCCCUGGUGAUCAAUGACAGGAGCCCAGAGUCCUGCUUUAGCCAAAUGACUAGCUUAGCCUCUUUUACAAGGAAAGGAACUCCUUAUUGGAAACCAAAUUAUAAAUUAAUUAGCGGCUUCCUCUGGGGCUGUGUAUAAACAUCCACACCACCCCAUGGUGACUUUCUAGCGUGAGCCCCCUCAUUCCAGGGGUAUAAAAAGGCCCGAGCAGGAUGGGGUCUGUGGACACUGACAAUCCAGGUAGCUGUAGCUGCGAAGGGGCCUCCCUGACAUGGUAUCCAACUGCUCACCGGCUUCCAUCAAGAGCUGCCCGCGGCCCCCCUCUGUCUGCUCCAGCAGCAUGAGCUGCCGGCCCGAGCUGUGCCUGGGUUACGUCUGCCAGCCCAUGACAUACGUGCCUUCUGUCUGCACUCCCACCACCUACCGGCCAGCCAGCUGCCUCUCCAAGACCUACCUAUCCAGCUCCUGCCGGCCCAGCAGCUGCUGGCCAGCCAGUGGUAUCGCCAGUUCCAUGGGCAACUGCGGCUGGUUCUGCGAGGGCUCCUUCAAUGGCAACGAGAAGGAGACCAUGCAGUUCCUGAACGACCGCCUGGCCAGCUACCUGGAGAAGGUGCGCCAGCUGGAGCGGGAGAACGCGGAGCUGGAGACCAGGAUCCAAGAGGCCUGCCAGUCUCAAGUGCUCACCCUGUGUCCUGACUACCAGUCUUAUUUCAGGACCAUCGAGGAGCUCCAGCAGAAGGUUCUGUGCACCAAGGCAGAGAAUGCCAGGAUGGUCGUGCACAUUGAUAAUGCCAAGCUGGCCGCCGAUGACUUUAGGACCAAGUACGAGACGGAACUGGCCACGCGGCAGCUGGUGGAGGCCGACACCAACGGCCUGCGCAGGAUCCUGGACGAGCUGACCCUGUGCAAGGCCGACCUGGAGGCCCAGGUGGAGUCCCUGAAGGAGGAGCUGCUGUGCCUCAAGAAGAACCACGAGGAGGAAGUCAGUGCCCUCCGGUGCCAGCUGGGGGACCGCCUUAAUAUCGAGGUCGACGCUGCACCGCCUGUGGACCUGAACAGGAUGCUGGAGGAGAUGCGGUGUCAGUAUGAGACUGUGGUGGAGACCAACCUCAGGGACGUGGAGGAAUGGUUCAACAUGCAGAUGGAGGAGCUCAAUCAGCAGGUGGCCACGAGCUCCGAGCAGCUUCAGAGCUACCAGUCGGACAUCAUCGAUCUGAGACGAACGGUCAACACGCUGGAGAUCGAGCUGCAGGCCCAGCACAGCCUGAGGGACUCUCUCGAAAACACCCUGGCGGAGACCGAGGCGCGCUACAGCUCCCAGCUGGCCCAGAUGCAGUGCCUGAUCAGCAACGUGGAGGCCCAGCUGGCCGAGAUCCGGGCUGACCUGGAGCGGCAGAACCAGGAGUACCAGGUGCUGCUGGACGUGCGGGCCCGGCUGGAGGGCGAGAUCAACACGUACCGGGGCCUGCUGGAGAGCGAGGACUGCAAGUUGCCCUGUAACCCGUGCUCCACUCCCUCCUGUCCCCCUUGUGCACCUUCCCCCAGCGUGCCCCGCACCAUCUGUGUGCCCCGCACCGUCUGUGUGCCUUGCGUGCCCUGUCCUCAGGUCCGCUACUGAAAGUCCCUCAGGGUCGGUGGAUCCUGGACAGACCGGAGCUGGGAGGCUGGAGCCUCCUCAGGUGGAGUCUGACCCCCAUUCAGUGGUCAGCAAGGAAGCCCUCCAGCUGGGAGGUGGGCUGUGUGCUACACGCUCGGAGCUGCAGGGGGCGCCCCGGGCCCCCACGUCUUGGAAAACUGCCUCUCACUUCCACAGCCAGACUGUUCUCUUGGCUGAUGUUUCUGGUUGUCUGUGCUGCCUCAAGGGCACGUGCUCUUAGUAAACUGGCGAAUAAAGCCUCAUCCAGUGGCCCUGCAAA